UAAACUAAAUGUUUACUUCAAUUGUAGGUAAUGUAUUUGGGUUUAAAGCUAUAAGAGCGUUACGUCUUGAAGAUGUAAGAAUUCCUCCAGCUUACACAAAGACUUCUUUAGAAAAACCUAAUGAAAAAAAAAAGAUAAUCAAGAGAGAAAAGUUGAUGGAAAGAAGAUCACACGGCAUAAAGCGCCAUCAAUUUCAGAGUGUUGCUAAACCCGUGGAAGCUCUAACUACCAAACUUGACUGGAGCUCAACAAAUGACUCGAUUGAUGACGAGCCGAAUCUAGCAUCUAAUUAA